AUGUUGAUUGAGGAGGGAGAUGUGCGAAGUUCCGUUGGUACCCAGGGGAAUGGAUUGAUUGGCGCUGACACAGAUGACUAUGAAGUUGUUGGCAUGAUGGAGAUUGAAGGAGGCAUCAGAGAAAGGGUCCUAGGAGCCGGAGUGGAGGCAGAGAUGGGAACCCCGCUGGGCGCUGCUGUAAUCUACGCAUUUCAAGGAGAACGUCCAAACAUCAGGCGCCGAGGGCCAGGCGACCCAGACGCUAGUGUGGGACCUUUGGGCCAGCUGAGAAAUGAGAUGGGCGUCGAUCUGAGCACUAUUGGCCAACAGGCUUGUGGAGGUGGGCGUGUAAAAGCCGCUGGGCACGCAGGGAUCGCUGGGCGCGCAGCUAGGCGUGCAUGUAUGGUUGGGGCUACUUUAGGGAAACAGGGAGGCAGGUGUGCGCUACCAAGGGCUAGCCAUGGUCUAGGCAGUGGAGCGAGCACCGAGGGGCGUCUAGGCGUUUCCAUGCACGUAGAUGGGGCGAGCCAUGGUGGGUGCCUAGGUGCUACUACUGGGAGCGCCUCAAUGGCCCUCAAGGAGAAGGCACUGGCGCCCACUGUUGUUGCCAUUCGAAUGGGAGGCAUUAACUGCGGUGGGAAGCUUAGGCGAGCCCUAAGCAUUGCCAAUGGAGGGAGGUGGGUGCACGCUAUCAAGGCUGAUCAUGAUCUAGACAAUAAGGCCAACACUGAUGGGGAGAGCCAUUGUAGGUGCCCAGGCAUUGCUGCUAGGAGCGUAUCGAUGGAGCUCGAGGAGGAGGCACGGGUGCCCGCUGCUACUGUCGUUCAAGUAGGAGGCAUUGACAACGGUGGGCAACUAGGGUGA